GAAAAUGGCGCCCAGCUCGAAAUCGGAGCGGAACAGCGGGGCCGGGAGCGGCGGUGGCGGCCCCGGGGGCGCCGGGGGGAAGCGGGCAGCGGGGCGGCGGCGGGAGCACGUCCUCAAGCAGCUGGAGCGGGUCAAGAUCAGUGGGCAGCUCUCCCCUCGCCUCUUCCGGAAGCUGCCGCCCAGGGUCUGCGUCUCCCUCAAGAACAUUGUGGACGAGGACUUUCUCUACGCAGGACACAUCUUCCUGGGCUUUUCCAAGUGCGGCCGUUACGUUCUCUCGUACACCAGCAGCAGCGGGGACGAUGACUUCUCCUUCUACAUCUAUCAUCUCUACUGGUGGGAGUUCAACGUCCACAGCAAACUCAAGCUGGUCCGGCAGGUACGGCUCUUCCAGGACGAGGAGAUCUACAGCGACCUGUACCUGACCGUGUGCGAGUGGCCCAGCGAUGCCUCCAAGGUCAUCGUCUUCGGCUUCAACACCCGCUCGGCCAACGGGAUGCUCAUGAACAUGAUGAUGAUGAGUGACGAGAACCACCGAGACAUCUACAUCAGCACUGUGGCCGUGCCGCCACCAGGCCGCUGCGCCGCAUGCCGGGAAGCCAGCCGGGCCCAUCCAGGCGACCCGAGUGCACAGUGCCUGCGGCACGGCUUCAUGCUGCACACCAAGUACCAGGUGGUCUACCCCUUCCCCACCUUCCAGCCUGCCUUCCAGCUCAAGAAGGACCAGGUGGUGCUGCUCAACACCAGCUACUCUCUGGUGGCCUGCGCCGUCUCAGUCCACUCGGCAGGCGAGAGCAGCUUCUGCCAAAUCCUGUAUGACCACACCACCUGCCCCCCGGCCCCUCCCAGCCCCCCUGGGCCCCAGAGCCCCGAGGUGCCCCCCGCCCUCCCCAGCCCCUGCCCUGAAGCAGCCCCCGCCCGGCCCCCCGGGGCCCCCGAGCCCUCGCCCGCCGUCGCCAAAGCCAAGGAGUUUGUGGCCGACAUCUUCCGUAGGGCUAGAGAGGCAAGGGGGGGGGCCUUGGAGGAAGCCCGGCCGCCCCCCUGCCCGGGGCCAUCGGGCAGCCGCUGCCGUCUGCCCUCGGAGCCCCUGGCCCAGGGCGGGGAGGCGGCACCCCGAGACAGCCCCCCUGCGGCCGAGGCGCCCGCCCCGGAACCUGGCUACGUCAACUACACCAAGCUAUACUACGUGCUGGGCUCCAGCGAAGGGACAGAGCCGGAGGACGAGUUCGAGGAUGACAAGAUCUCCUUGCCCUUUGUGGUGACUGAUCUCCGUGGCCGUAACCUGCGGCCCAUGCGGGAGCAGGCCGCCGUCCAGGGUCAGUACCUGACGGUGGAGCAGCUCACACUGGACUUUGAAUACGUCAUCAACGAGGUCAUCCGCCAUGAUGCCACCUGGGCCCACCAGUUUUGUUCCUUCAGUGACUAUGACAUUGUCAUCCUGGAGGUCUGCCCGGAAACCAAUCAGGUCCUCAUCAACAUCGGCCUGCUGCUUCUGGCAUUCCCGUCCCCCACCGAGGAGGGCCAGCUCCGACCAAAGACCUAUCACACCAGCCUCAAGGUGGCAUGGGACCUCAACACGGGCAUCUUCGUGACAGUCAGUGUUGGUGACCUCACCGAGGUCAAGGGGCAGACCAGCGGCAGCGUCUGGAGCUCAUACCGCAAGAGCUGCGUGGACAUGGUCAUGAAGUGGCUGGUGCCGGAGAGCAGCGGCCGCUACGUCAAUAGGAUGACCAAUGAGGCACUGCACAAAGGGUGCUCACUGAAGGUUCUGGCAGACAGUGAGCGAUACACAUGGAUUGUGCUGUGAGGGCCCGGCCGUUCUGGACACUGACUCCAACUACCUCCGUGGCCUGGGAGCCGGCCCGCCUUCCUGGCAGCCGUUCCCCGGCUGGCCGGCCAACCGACGACCGGCCGACCGACGAGACGACCGACUGACGGGGCCGGCACUCGUGUUAGGCUGCGGGGAAGGGGGCUGGGCGGGGCAGCCCCUGGUGGCCUGAGAGUCCGGACGCUUCUUAUUUAUGCCUAUUUAAGUUGGGAAGGGGCAGAGGGAGGGAGCCCCCUGCCCCCCCAGCCUCAAGCGCCCACCUUCACCCUGCGCUGGGCACAGGCCCUUGCUCUCUGUGCAUCUGCCCCUUUCCUUGGCUACAGGUGUGGACAUUGCCCCCCAGGGAGGCCAAAUGGACCCCCUUUCCCUGCCCGCCCCAGCCUCCCCCCGCCUGAGGUGGCAGACCUCGUGGCCAUCCCCUGCCCCGCCCAUCGUUCCUCUUCAUGUAAUAAAUGUUUUAUUUC